AUGACUGACUCCGAAUCGAGAAACCCAAAACAUGGCAUCACCGGUCCGAUGUCCACUGCCCUCCCGGAACCCUUGGACAAUGAGAAGACCGCCGAAUUGAUCGAGGAGUUGAAGCGGGAAAACAACUACGAAUCGCAUGACCAGACGGAAAAGCGGAUUGAGGUACUCAAACUGUUGAAUAAGGCUACCCAGGAAUUCGUCCGGGAGGUCAGUCGGAAACAGGGACUGCCUCCGUCGCAGGUCAACCAGUUCGGCGGAAAAGUGUAUCCAUAUGGCAGUUAUCGCCUGGGUGUCUUUGGGCCUGGUUCUGACAUCGACACACUCGCGAUCGCCCCGAGGCACGUGAAGCGUGAAGAUUUCUUCGACUUCUUCCCUGGGAUCUUGAAACGUAUCGCACAAAAUGAAAAGGGCUCCAACACGAUUUCUUCGCUUGUUCCGGUCCCAGAUUCGUUUGUCCCCAUCAUCAAACUCGUGCUCAACGACAUUGAGAUCGAUCUCAUCUUUGCCUCGAUUGCAACCCUGCAGACCAUUCCCCCCAAACUCAGUCUGAACGACAACAGUCUCUUGGUCGGAUUGGAUCAGGCGUCUAUACGUGCAGUUACCGGCCCACGUGUUACCGAUGAGAUCCUGAACCUCGUUCCCAUCGAGAAGACCUUCCGGACGGCACUGCGGGCGAUCAAAUUGUGGGCGCAGAGAAGAGCUAUAUAUGCCAAUAUUGUUGGCUAUCCCGGCGGCGUCGCCUGGGCCAUGCUCGUUGCGCGUGUUUGUCAAUUUUACCCCCAUGCGGUGGGUGCUACGAUUGUGGGGAAAUUCUUCUACAUCAUGAAAGAGUGGCCUUGGCCUCUGCCGGUCAUGUUGAAGGACAUUGAGCAGCCCAAGAAUCUCGGCCCCAACCACGGAUUCAAGGUCUGGAACCCGGUCCUCUACAAAGGAGACGAGAAGAAUAUCAUGCCGAUCAUCACCCCCGCCUUCCCGAGCAUGUGUGCGACUUACAACAUCUCCAAGUCGGGCAAGACGGUUAUCCUGCGAGAGCUGGAGCGGGCUGACAAGAUCGUCUCCAAGAUCUUUGCCGGCAAAGCGCAGUGGAGCGAAUUAUUUCAGAAGCACACCUUCUUUACUGCAGAUCACAAAUACUACUUGAGUGUGACUGCCAGUGCGCUGAACGGCGAUGCGGCGAAGGCAUGGGCGGGCCUCGUCGAAAGCAAAGUGCGGAUUUUUGUCAUGCAGCUGGAAGGCACCAAGGGUAUCGAACUGGCUCGACCAUUUACCAAGGGGUUCAAACGCGUGCACAAGUGCCAGGACGUCGAUCAGAUCCGGGAAGUCCAGAGAGGAAGUAUGAAGUACAAAGUGGAAGAGACGAAGACGGUCGAGACGACCGAUCCCGAACUGGUGACGGCCAACGGGGAUGGUGCGGCGGUUCCCGUGUCGGACAACACCAGCCAGGAGAAGGACAAGGACGCCCACACCGUCUACACCUACACGUUCUAUAUUGGCAUUGACACCACGGCCAAGGGGAGCUUGAACCUCGUUCAGGCAUUCCAGGCCUUUAAGCAGGUUUGCGAGGGGUGGAAUAAUUACAAUGCGGAAGUCCAUUUCCUUAACCUCGCGUCGUCGAAGAGUUGGGAAUUACCCGAAGAUCUCUUCGACACGAAAGCCGGCGAAGUGCGGCCGAGUAAACCGGUCAAAAAGGUGAUUAAGAAUCCCAAGGCAGAGGCCAAGCCGGUCCGACGUAGCAUCAACGAAGUCGAGGACGUGGAAAACGACGGCGACGCCGUGAAACGACCAAGACUGGUGACUGCUACGCCCACGCCCACGCCCACGCCCACCCCGGCUGCAGCACCGGCAUGA